AUGGCAACAAACAUUGUCCAAGAGGAAGAAGAAACACUGUCUCUUUCUGAUCUUCCACUACCUCUCAACAACCCAAGUAAAGAAAACCACUCUGAGAUUAAUGAAACACAAGAAGAAUUCAAUUUCCGUUCAUGGGUUGGUCUCUUUUCAACCGAACCAGAAAUGUGUGUAGCAGAUGAAGUUUUCUUCCAAGGACAAAUCCUCCCAUCAUCACGUCUCUCGUUUAGCUCAGAAGCUGGCUUAUCAUCCAAUGAUCACGCUAAGCAGUUGAAGUCAAAGCAAGAAUCUUUGAGUUUUACCGACGGUUGUUUCAAUGAGUUUCGUAGCAAUAGUAGCACAAGCCAAAACUCAACCACAUCAAGUACCACUAGUUCUACAACAACAACAACAAGAACAAAUCCAAUAGUUUCAAUUUCAAAAACUCCAAAAACCAAAGUUAGAAACCAGUUUCACACACAUCCAAGUCCAAAGCCACAGUUAAAAUCAUCAACAUGUCCAAGAAAGUCUACAACUCAAAGUAGAAAAUCAUCGGUUUGGGAAAUUUUCCGUUUAGGUGUGGUCCCUACACCAGAAAUAGGACUGCAAGACCUAAAGGUUCGUAGCAGUAAUCAUAGAAACAGUGUAAGUUGCAACAGUAGUAGCAGUAGCAACAGCAAUAGUACUAAAAGUGUUAAAAUGAGUAAGAAGAAGAACGAUAAUGGUGGAAAGAGCAAUCAUGCUUUGAAACACUUAGUUGGUAAACGAGGUGGUUUGUUGAGUGGUUGUGAUUGUUCUUUUGAAACGGUGGUGAUCAAUGGUAGUGGUGUUAAAAGUGAUUACAAGACAGAAAGUACUAUGAAGCACGCUGUUAAAGAAAAAGUAAUGGAGUGGAAGAAACAAAAGCAAAGGCAAAAGCAAGGUAAAAAGGUUAUGUCACGUCGUAGAACGUUUGAGUGGCUUAAAGAAUUGCAUGCAAAUCAUCUUGAUGAAGAGGCUUUGUUGUCAAACUCGACAUGA